AUGAGCAGUAACAACCAUCCGCAGGAGGUUCCUAAGGAAGAGGAAGAAAUUCUUCAAUAUUUCCUCGAAGUGCGGUCAUUUUUAUCGAAGAUGAAGCAGAAUCGGUCGCAGUUUUUGAAUUCCAAGGAUGUUAUGGAGUCAUAUCAGAAGGUUUUGACGAAGGUUCGGGAGCUUGAUGAGCUACGUAAGAACUCACAUGCGACGCCGUCGAAUUCUGCGACGACGCUGAUCCACAGUGCGGAGUUACAUAACAGGGUUGAUUCUGUGAUUGACGAUGUUUUCCAGCUUUUAUCGUUGAGUUUUUUGACGGUAGGGUUGAAGAACUCUGCGCCAGCGACGUAUGCGUCGUUGUCGACGGUUCAGAGUUUGUUGGAGCAUUUGAACGAGUCGAAUGUGUACACGCACCACGAUUUGAGGCCGAUCAAGGAGCGUUUGGACGAGGUUAGUGCGAUUGUGGAGCAGAACAAGUACGAUACGGAAGCGUCCGCGGCUGCUGCGUCGGCAUCAUCGGCAUAUGUGGACCCGGAUGUAGAGGAUCCCGAGCUCGAGGAGUAUGCUUUGAAGAAGGACGAGGAGUUGAACAAGAACAAGAUCGAGGAGGAUCUCUUGUUGCGUGCGAAGUUGCAGCACUGUAUCGAUGAGUAUCACGUGAUCGAAUCGAAGCUGGAGGAGAUCCAUCCGGACUUGCAAUCGUGCAUGGAAACGUUGUUCCAGAUCCGCAGAGGGUUGCUGUCGCUAGCGUCUUCGACCAAGAGGCAGGAUUCUGCCAGCGAGGUCAAGGCAGAGGCCGAAUCCAAAUCCAAAUCCAAAUCCAAACCUUCGUCGUCUUCCCAGUCCCACCACAUCUUGCCCGAAGAUGUCGUGGACUCGAAGCUCAAGGAGUUAAAAGAACGUUUGGAAAAGUUGGAGGCCCACAGAGACUCGAACGGGAAGUUCAAGUCGUUGGAAACUGAUAAGGUCGAAGAAAAGGGUCAGAACGUGCUAAAUGGGUUGUUGGACGACUGUCAUGACUUGAUCAACGAUCUUUCGCACCAAAAAGACGGUGGCAUCUCUCUAGACACCAAGCUACAACCCAUCUACGAUCAACUAGUUGACAUUAAGACUACGUUGGAGAACUUGCUCGUGACAAGAAGAUGGACCCUAAGAGAAACAGAUCUCUUCACGUACCAGAAGAAGUUGGGAGAAAUCGACAACUUGAGAGUUAACGGGAAAUUCCCAACGGACCACCCAGACUCGAAGGGCCAAUCGAUCCUUCUAUACUUGUUGCGUAGAUGCUACGCUAUCAUCUACAAGCUUUUAGAGUCCUCAGAACCGGUGUCAGAAUCUUUGCAAAGAGUCCAUAACCAGUUGUCCACCGUGCGCAGGUGUCUAUUGGAAUUGAAGAGAAUGGGUGGUGUCGAUAACGAUCGUGAGUUGUACCCAUACCAGAUGAAACUAGCAUCCUUAGACAACAUGCGUACCGACGGGAUCUUUUACGACUCCGACGGGAACAUCCCGGAGGGACAAGGUACUUUGAACGCCUUGCUCGCAGAGUGUUUCGAUAUCAUCCACGAACUAAAGAUUGAGGCCGAGGAAAGAGCCGAGGAAAGCUUGGACAUCAACGAAAAUGGCGACGAGUCCGUAGAAAUGACAAAGGACCCAACAAUGAGAGAUGUUCAAGAACAGCCUACAGCAAGGUACAUGGACGUGUACGCACACGACGAAGAUGAUGAAGAUGACGAAGCUGAAGAUACUAACUUUAGCGAGCACAGUUACGAGGACGAAGAGUAUACCACUACAAGCUAUGCCGAAGAUUAG